GCUUCACCAGCUGUCAACAUUCCCCACCCAUCAAUCAACCUCGAGGUCCUCAAAAAUAAAAUCAUGCACAGCACCAAUGCAACAUUCUUGCGACGCAUGCUCACUCUCAUCCAAAAGAUCACUCAUCACAAAGAUUAUCAGAAGCUCCAGGGUCCCGCAAGGAGCUUUGUUGCGCAAGCGAAUACAGCUGUCCAAGCCCUUAACAAAGCCUACAACGAGCGGGUCUCGACUACACCUGUUGGCUUUGUAGAGACAAGUAACCCUCUUUACGAAAGUGCGCUGAGAAAGAAGUCUACAGUCCAAACGGGGCUAAAUGCGGCGGGUUACAAUAACAGAUUGCCUGGUGCUACCAACCAGUUUUACGGAAAUGAUUUUGCGCUGGGAAAAAAGUCCGCUGUUCAAGCACUUAACAGCGGGUUCAACAACGGAGUUGCGAUGUCAACGGCCCCUCAGAGAGCUGAUAACCAGUUUUACGGAAAUGGCUAUUCGUUAGUCAAAAAGUUUCAAAUUGAAAGAAAUCCAUAUUACCAGAACUAUUAUCAAUACAGACAACCAUACUACAGAAACAUUUUAAGCAUGCGAUAUGGUUUGUACAACGGCAAUACACCAUGA